UGGCCCAGCUUAGUGGCCGUAGCCUUGGGGAUUGUGGGAGAAGAUGGCGGCUGCCGUUCAUCGUUUGCUUGUCCGGGCCCUUCCAAUGUCACGUUCUGGCAUUACUGCAAUAGCCACAUCUGUGUUUCAUGGCCCACCCCGGUGCCAGCUUCAUCAUGCAGUCAUGCCUCAUGGGAAAGGUGGGCGUUCCUCAGUCAGCGGGGUUGUGGCCACUGUUUUUGGAGCAACAGGAUUCCUAGGCCGAUACAUUGUCAACCACCUUGGACGUAUGGGAUCACAGGUGAUCAUACCCUAUCGGUGCGAUGCAUAUGAACUCAUGUACCUUCGUCCCAUGGGUGACCUGGGCCAGAUUAUCUUCCUGGAAUGGAAUGGAAGAGACAAAGAUUCUAUCCGAAGAGCAGUGGAGCACAGCAAUGUGGUCAUCAAUCUUGUUGGGCGAGAAUGGGAAACUAGAAACUUUGAUUAUGAUGAUGUCUUUGUGAAGAUUCCCCAAGCAAUUGCUCAAGUGUCCAAGGAAGCUGGAGUUGAAAGACUGAUUCAUGUGUCUCAUCUUAAUGCUGAUAUUAAAAGUCCUUCUAGAUAUCUGAGAAAUAAAGCUGUUGGAGAGAAAGAAGUGAGAGAUGCAUUUCCAGAAGUCACUAUCAUAAAACCAUCGGACAUCUUUGGAAGAGAAGAUAGAUUCCUCAACUAUUUUGCAGGUAUUCGCUGGUUUGGUGGUGUGCCUCUUGUAGUCUUGGGCCUGAAGACAGAGAAACAACCGGUAUAUGUAAGUACCCUGGGUGAAGGGGCUUGGAAAGGGGCUUUAGCUGAAUUCAGAUUCAGGUCAUCAGUUUUCUGGUUUCAUCCCCGUCCAGUAACUCCAUCAUUUUCUUGUCAAUUUGCUUCAACUGGUUAUGUAUUUUCUUUUUGUAGGCCGAAUCGGUACCUCCUCUUCGACCUGGUGCAGUAUGUCUUUGCUGUGAUUCACAGACCUUUCCUUCCGUACCCUUUGCCACAUUUUGCUUAUAAAUUGAUAGCAAGACUCUUUGAGAUAAGUCCGUUUGAGCCCUGGACAACAAGGGAUAAAAUGGAGCGGGUUCACCUCACAGACAUGAAAUUGCCUCACCUGCCUGGCUUAGAAGACCUUGGCAUUCAGGCAACACCCCUGGAAGCCAAGGCCAUCGAGGUGCUGCGUCAUCAUCGCGCGUACCGCUGGCUGUCUUCUGAAAUGGAGGAUGUGAAGCUGACCAAGACAGUCAACAUUUAGUGGCCCUGUGCAGCCCUUGGUUUUUGGUGUCAUUCAGGUUCACCUGGCUAGCAGCCAUCUACUUUCUUCAGAGAAUCUUGCACAUAGUGAAUAAGAUCUAUUAAAAUGUCUGAGAUUAAUUUCUGCAGCAGCAUUUUGUUUUUUGAUUUAUUGAAGAAGAAAUUCAGUCGCUUAGAAGUUGAGCAUAGCUUCUUGUAAAUACAUGUAUAUGUAUCAUUUAUUCUCUCAAAUACUGGGGGGCAGGUUAUGUCAAGCCAUUUCUAGCAUAUGUUCUGGAAGAUAAAGACCUCUCUUUAAUGUUAAAUUAUUGUGAAGACCCCAAGUGAUAGGUGAUUAUCUUAAUAUCCAUUAAUUGAGAAAAUAUACAAUGUCCUAUACUAAUCUGAAUUUAUUCACACUUAAGAUUUUUCAAAAUUUAUCUUAAUGAUAUCUACAUACAUUUGAAAAAUAGUAGUAAAUAUACAUAAAAACCUUGUGUAUAGACAUGGAUUCUAAAGCCCCUUGCAGUAACUCCAUAGUCUUCUACUUGGAUCUGAGCUGAGGCCUCCAUCCUCAUGCUGUUAGGACCAUAUCUGGAUUACUGUCUAGAUUAUACAUGGAUGUAGAUAGAUUCUCUCCUGUGAAAAGGAGAUGUCACAGCCUCUCUGUCAUUGAUGCAAUGUUUGAAUUAGGACUUUUUCCUUAUGUUGUUCAUGUUGCAGCCAAGAACCAGAUGAAUCGUUGCUUUAGUACUGGCUAAUCCCUUAGUGUGGUAGGACUGAAAACUCCCAUAUUCUGUGGUGAAGCCAACACACCACCAUCCUUGGUGACCCAAGGUUGCACUCCAUUCCACUAGACUUAGUUCGCUGAUCAUUAGGACGAGAUGUCAGUAAAAGCCCUAUCCAGUCAUAGUAAUGCCCAUGUCAUCUUUACAGAGACAGGGACAUGAAUGUUGAAGGUGCAUUCUCUACCCGCCCACUCCAUGCAGAAGAAUCUUUUUGUCCCCAAACGAACAAAAGUGUCCAUGUACCAGCAGCGUCAGCAUCAUGUAGGAACUUGUUAGAAAUGCAGAAUACCAGGCCCUACUCCAGACCUACUGAAUCAGAAUCUGCACUGUAACGAGGUCCCCGGGAGAUUUGUAUGCACAUUAGAGUUUGAGAAGCACUGGUCUAGAGAUCACCUGCAUCAGAGUUCAGGGGGAUGCUUGUUACUAAUUUAGCUUUCUGAGCCCCAUCCCAGAUCUACUGAAUCAGAAUCUCUGGAGGUGGGGCCUGGGAAUUUUAUUUUUAUCAAGCAUGUCAGUUUAUUUGCAUGUACAUUAAUAUCUGAGAAUCAGUGGGCUGGGGAAAGGAGCCCAAGUCCAUCUUCACUUUUUUUUUGUCCUUUAGAUAGAAUAUCUCUUGUUACUUUGGGUGCUGGCCACAAGCAGGCCAGUAGGCACACAGGGUUUGAUUUUAAAAGAAAUAGUAAUUCUGUAAUGUAUAGUGUCCUCUUUUACAGUAUUUCUAUGUUCUAGCAAUACUGUUUUUCAUCUCUUUAAAUUUUAUUAUAACCCAUGAUGCUAAAUACUUGGUUUCUCUAAAAGCAUAAUUCAACCAGGAUAGUUUUACUUUCCUAUCACAUCCAGUACCCCCUUUUGUAUAAGAAAUAUUUUGUAAUACACCCUUUAUUAUUCUGAUAUGAAGAUUAUAGUUACUAUAUAACCUAUCUACACAUGUAAUCAAAAAUAAUAUACCGUAUAUAAUCAAGAAGUUUAAAGGAAAAUAAUACAUAAUAGAAUAAUAUCUAUCUCAGUGUAUAGAUGUGUGAGCACAACCACACCCAAAGUACAGUGUUGUCAGUUGCCUGCACCCGUAUGGACAGUUGUCAUAGAAGCAACAGGGACAAAUGCAGACUGUUGUGAUACAGGUGUAGGUUGUAUCGGCCACUUAAAUACCAUGAACAGCAUUCAUACGUCAACUUCUUAAACAGUGAACAACUUCUUGUAAAGCUCAGAACAAAAUAUGAACCUCCCUAUAUUUACAUUGUACUCGCUUUUCUAGAAAACUCAGCAUAUAUUAAACUAUACCAACAAUCUUCUAUAUGUAUCUGUACAACAGUCUAAUUUCAGAUGACAAUGAAUGGGUUUUUGAAAGUCAUGUAGAAUGUGUUUCAGUCCUUAAUUUGUGUCUUCUGAUUUACACACAGUGAUGUGUCUACUAUUCCUGGUUCUCACUCACUAAAUGCCCAUAGUGCUCCUCCGUCACUGUGAUACAAUUCAAUCCAUGCCAGCUUGUCUUAGUCAUCUAGUGCUGCUAUAACGGAAAUACCACAAGUGGAUGGCUUUGACAAUCAGAAGUUUAUUCUCUCACAGUCUAGUAG